GGACCCAGCUAUGUUUGAUAACAUUCAGAUGCGUUGUUGGCACCACCUGACCGCCUGUCAUCUGAAUGAAAUGCGAUGGCGUUAUAGCUGCCAACCAGCUGACUGCAUGGUUGCGAACAAUGUCUGAGGCAUCCGCAGUGAAGCUAAUGUUGUCUCUCUCUCCCGGUUGUUCUGAAAGCGGCACAUUGCGUUUGUUGACGGCGGUCCAGAGUGGGCAUCAAGGCGAAGGCAAGUCCUCAAGAAACCCAAACGUGGGGAGAUGCGCUUUAAUUUAGGCGAGCGCGUUUUGUCCUCGCUCUGCUAUCGUAAGCGAUCCGAGAGAUUUUGGACUGCCGAAGACUUCAAACGGUUGUUGCGGAGUGGCAUUCAUCAUUGUAUGUAACCAGGAAUGUUCAAUCGUUCAUGUUCUACGUCGUGAGAUGCAAUUCCCCAUUUACGGGAUGUAGCAUGUUUCUCUCUUUCUAAGACUUUGGCGGUGAAAUCUGAAGGACAACAUACUUACCAGUCGCAUGGGGAUAAUUUCAAUCAGGCUAUUGGCGGCUUUGUCUGUUCCCCAGCUCUGUGGCACCUCAGAAGCGAUAGAAGUCGUCAGGAAUUACUCAAAAGCAUAUGAGGACAUUGCCCCUUUGUGCCAGCGCGAGGAGCUCCGGUUCAGUAGCUGCCUGGUGGACUGGUUGAGAUGCUACUAUAAGAAGGACUGUGGACGAGAGUACAUGUUGAUGAAAUUGAUCUGUUCAGUGAGCUCGAACCAGAGCAGCCCCAGCCAUGAGUACCCUGACUGCCGUGAUGGGGGCAGUGAGGCCAGCCUGCUGGUGUCUCCUCUGGUGGUGGCGGGCAUCGUCAUCGGCCUGGUGCUCUUCCUCUCCUGCGUCACCAUCAUCGUGGGCAGCCUGCGCAAGGACAGCCGCCUCCGCAACCCGCAUCUGCGUGCCAGCUGCACCCCUGAUGGCUUCUCGUACGGUGGCUCUAUUGGUGAGCUGAGGUCCACCUGCAUUGAGGAGUUCCCCCCUGCGUUUGACUUUGACUCCUAUGUGGAGACCCUCUCACAGGUCAAUGUCAUGUACCCAGACUCACCGCCAUGUUAUGAUGAAUGUGUGGGACCGGGUGCAACGCAGAUCUAUGUCCCCACCGACGACCCCCCUCCGUACUCUCUGAUGGACCCGUGCCAAGGCCGAGAGGACCAGCCGGACCUCCACACCUACCUGGAGAUGGGCGAGCCGUCCACCGGUGGGGCCUCCUGGGUGGCUGUGGGCGGAGCCUCCCAGUACCCAAUCAGACUGUGUGAGCUGCGGCGGCAGCCAAUCGCCUCCAUCUCCCUGUCGGCGCUGCCGCUGGAGGAGGCGCCGGCGUAUGAGGCGGUGGUGGGCGGCGGGCCCGGUCAGAACCGGACCAUCCCCCUGAUGCCCAUGGAUCUGCUGAAGCACACAGCGGAGGCGAGCAGCAGCAGCCCACAGCACGCAGUGUCACACCGAAUCCUCUAGAAUAACCCCACCCCGCUGUAGAAUCCUACCUUCCCCUUGUGUCGGGUCCUCUGUGUAGCUUCACUCUCUCUUGCUGAAACAGCACCCACUAGUGUUCGUAGAGGGUACUGCAGAACAUUGCAGAGCACAGCAAUAAACUGUAGCAGAGUGAAACUGAGUCUUUACCCCUCACAAGCCAAACCUGGCCCACCACCGCACUCUAGACCUUUGGAUUCCAUUGAGCCCAAUGGAAGGCUGCCAUCGCUUCACAUCCCCUCCCUGCCACCGGGGGCACUGCAGGACAGCAAAAUCCUGUGGGCCACGCUGGAGGGGUAUAUAACGGAGGACACUUGAGACUUCACUGGAUGUCCAUUGUCAUGCAGCCUAACCUCUAUUGUCUUCUGUGUGUACGUGUCUAUGCGUGUUGGAGUAUGUGUGUGUGUGCCAGUGAAUGUGUGUGUGUGUGUGUAAGAGAGAGAGAGAGAUUGUCCAUGUGGGUGUGUUUAAACAGCUUAACUUUCCAACUGUAGUCGUUUGGAUUUACUCACAGUGAUUUGAUCUGAUGAGCCACAUAGGCCCUAAAAGGCUCAACUCAUGCCCAAAUUCCCACACAGAUAUGUACUGUAUAUCAGUAUUUGUGUAUUGUAUCAGGUCCACAACUCCACACUAAUCUACAUCCAUAACGUAAAUAACAGACUCCACAAAGAGACUCCACAAAGCUACACAAAUUAGAAAGUAUCCUCACUUUGUCUUGCUUUGUAGACAUUUGUAUGUGUAGUUUUUGUCUGCCUGCCAAUGUUUUAACAGAAAGCAAGGUUUAUUUUUUAAGAUAACACAUUUAUAGAGGUACUUUUGGAUUUCUUUAUUCAUGGUUUUAUUCUUUGAAUAACUUUUAUAUAUAUAUAUAUUUAUAUUUUGUAUAUUUUUCCUUGUAACACUUUUUAGGCAAAGUAAAUAAUUUUCAAUGCUUCAGUCCUUAUUUAAGCUCAAUUGAUAUCUAUGUGUGGCCACCAUUUCAGUCAAAACACAAUCACUGUGAAUAUUUUUGUUUGUAUGUUUUACUCAUAUGUAUUUAUGUAUUUUUGAGGCAUCAUAAAAGUAUGUAUUUUUGUCUGACUGUUCCUUUCCGACCUGUAAAGGACAGUGGUAGUGACAGCUGCCAGUGAUAUGGUGCACGUCUUUGGUAGCAAUUAAAUACUGAACCUAACUAGCCAUGGAUGACAGGCUUCUAAUAACCUUUACCAUAAUUGGUGCUAAGGGCUUCAGCCGUCGCAUCUCUCAACCAAAGGACGAUUAAAUAAUUACAUUAAUAAGAAAUUUACAUUGAGUUAUCUUCACACCCAAAGUACAAACAAAUAUCACUCCAUCUUCACUUUACCACCAAUGUCUUUGCUAUGAGAUGUCUUAUAUUUAUAGUUGUAUUUUAUUACUUGUUUCUUGUGUCACAAAGCCACAGCAACAUGUGUAUUAUUUAAAUGUAUACGAUUAUUCAAUUUCAUGGACUCACUCAUCUGUAUGCUGGAACUCUCUUAUUGUUCAACUAAGCUUCCAGAACUUGCUUUAGUUUCAUGAAACCACACAGUGUUGACAUGCAGAAGAGCACAUGCAUAGGCAGCGAUUAACAUCAAGGUGAUAACUUCCAGUGAUUCCGCAGAGCAAUGACUGUACAUAGUGCCUGUUUAAAAGCAUUACGACUGUUAGAAUUGUGAGCACUGUUUAGAUGUGUACCCUAACUUUAACUGAAUGCAAUUUGUGUAUGUGCUAUAUGUAUUUAUUUUUCUUCAUUUAUAUGUGUAUGGCCUUGUUCCUGUAAGACCUCUGUGGAAGCUAAUCAAUUUUUUCUUCCCACCCCCACGACUUUAAAAUGAAAUCCAUAGACGUGUUAAUGUUUAAUACUGACACACAAGCUGUUCGCCACCAGUGGUACCUCAGUGUGCAACCUCUCGCUCAGAGCUAGUCCUCACAGCAAGCAUUAAUCCUCGCAGGAUUUUUUAUAAACAAAUUUGACGCAUGAUUGCAUCGCUGGUAUAGUGAGAAAAAAAGACUGUAAACAGAUAUGAAUAUUAAAUGGGCUAGGAUUAUUUAUUUAGUAUAGCUUGAAUAAUGUGUGUAGCUGUUUACGAGACAAUGUAUUUUUUGUUUGUUUUUUUGUUUGUUUGUUUAAAGACAAGCUCUGUGGUUUUUAUAUGUGAAGUGCAGUAGGCAACAUGUACCACUGAUUCUUCCCUGUAGCACUUGAAAAGUAUCCCUUUCGACAAACAAAAAAAAAUCUAUUUCAUCCUUAUAAUCUAUGUGCAUGUGAAUGCUGGCUCACACCAUUCCAUAACAGGUAAAUCCUGCACCUCCUGUUGAGAAGGAUAAUAUUUAAAUCUGACUGAAAUUCAGCCAAAAACUGCCUCACGUUGGCAUUACAUAAGAGACUGGGAGCAAGGAUAUUGUAUCUCAGUCCUUCGGCCCAUACCCAGCCUAUUACCAUCAAUACCCUUAUAUUCAAUUCCACAACAGCAUAGUCUUUAUAUCCAUACCCUGCCUAUUACCAUCAAUUACCCUUAUAUUCAAAUCCACAACAGAAUAUGUGAUUCAUUCAUAACCCCCAUGACAGACAGUUUUGGAAAGGAUAACGUUGACUCACACGACACACAACAACACAGUAGGCCUAUCUCCAGAUACAGCUGCAAGAAAUUGACAUCAAACACUCUCACCUGUCUUUUGUGUUGAUUAUCUACACCACAUGGUGUCUAGGGUGAGCCAGUUCCCUUCGAAACUCAGCUCUUCUGCAGGAUGUGCACAGAAACGUCAAUUGUAACCUGUUGGCCUCUACAGGCAAUAGUUUGUGUAAUAUCUAGUUAUACCAGUUCACAAAGUGGUACUUCACUGAUAUAAAUUAAUUUUGGUCACAUAAAAAAGUUAGUCACGAAUACCAUGAGCUCUGCACACCACACAUUUUAAGCCAAUCUAAGUCUGGUCGUGUGGGUGGGGCACUAGUACACUGUUUCACAACUAUGGAAGUCAAGUCUAGUUUGUUUCAUUACAGUGUGUUGGCUGUUCUCAUUCCUUGAUAGUACUGUAGCACUUUGGGUGUUUGAGCCCAAGCUGAACUGAUGUGAAUUAUGCUGUAUGUAUGCCCAUUGUAAACUCGUCACCUGUCUCAAGUGAUACUGACUCUAGUUUAUGUUUCGAUGCAGUCAUACACACGUUUCAUGUUUUGUAUUAGAGCUUUCAUUCCUUUCCUAUAUUCUGAACAAUAAAUAAAAUUGUUACUAUUA